AUGUGUGGUUUGGAACCUGAGACGAGUGGUCACAUUUUAUGGUGGUGUGAGUCUGCUCGGGCAGUUUGGGGAAUGUGUGGAGGGUAUUUACAGAAGAGUUUGGUGGUUUCAGAUGACUUUCUGAGCAUUUUUGAGUAUCUGUGUGAUAGGCUCAAUAAUGAGGUGUUAGAGCUUUUUGCAGUCAUAGCAUAUAAGCUUUGGCUCCGUCGGAAUAGAGCUGUUUUUGAUGAUUUGUUGAUGCUUCCCUCUUGUUUGUUGAAAGGGGCCACAGAAAUGUUAGAAGAAUUUCGUCAAAGCCACGGCGUAGCUACGAGUCUUGCUAAUGAUCGCCAAGCCACCUCUUCACAGUGGGUCAAACCGAGUGCGGGUACAGUUAAGAUUAAUUGGGAUGCAACUUUGUGUUCUAGGAAGAAGAUUAUGGGCGUAGGGGUGGUGGCCAGGGACGCUACAGGGGCUGUGAAGGCAGCUUUGUGCUCUUAUUUGCCCUAUGUUACAGAUCCUUCUGUGGCUGAAUCCCUUGGAGUUCGUAAGGCAGUAGAGCUUGGCCGGGAUAUGGGAUUCCCUUCUAUUAUGCUUGAAGGUGACGCUAGAGAGGUUGUGUUAGGUUUAAGGAAUCCAGAUGCUUGCAGGGGUAGCCUUCAUAGUGUGCUUCUGGAAUGUCGAUUUCUCUUAGAGUCUUUUCAGUUCAUGGAGUGUAAAUCAUGUGCGUCGUGA